AUGGUUACGCCUACGAAACCCGACGAAUUUCACGAUUUUUUUCGUGGAGAUGCAAUGACUGAGUCCUAUAGGAAAGUUCGUACAUCAUAUUCACCAGAACUGGCUAAGGAAAUGUUUGACUAUUUAAAGAAAAAGCCUGGUACCACUAAAUAUGCAGUUGAUGUUGGGUGUGGUUCUGGGCAGAGUACUUUCAUGCUUGCACCAUACUUCAACAGUGUCCUUGGAGUGGACAUCAGCUUGGAUCAAAUUAAAGUGGCAGAGGAGUCCGAACACAUUCCAUCUAAUGUCUCAUUCAAAGUUGCAAGCUGUGGUGACAUUCCAGUGCAGACUGGUAAGGUAGAUCUCAUCACUGCUGGCACGGCCAUUCAUUGGUUUGAUCUCAAGACUUUUUAUCCGGAAGUUACGAGACUUUUACGACCUGGUGGAUGCUUGGCAAUCUAUUCAUUUCAAGAGAUUAAGGUUGAAACAGGUGAUGCUAACCAGACCAUGAAAAUUAAUAACCUUAUCAAAAAGGUUGAAGAAACUGUACUUGACAAUAGACUAGACCACUGGUCCAUUUCCAGAAGUGUGCAAACAGGAAAAUUUCAAGAUUUGGAACUUCCAUUCCAAGAGUGCAAGAGAGGUGUCAUUGUGCCAAUUAAGAAAGAAAGCACAGUACAGAAUAUUGUUGGUUUGCUGAAGUCUUACUCUGAGAGUAAACAAUACAUGAGAACUCACUCUGGUGGUGCCAAGAUAUUUGAUGAACUCGAAUCCAGCAUUAUGGGAAUCAUUGGAAAUUCAGGUGCCGCUGAAAAUGCAUUGAUGACAUUGGUAAUACCUGUUUUUCUGGUGAUGUCCCGGAAACCUGAAUAUUGUAAUGAUGAGUAAUCUGACACAGCCGCAUUAUUAUGUGUUGAACCAUGGGCUAAAUCAAUAAUACUUUGCUUAUUAUCUUGAUUUGUGUAAUGAAUGUUAGAAUUUACUUUGAACACAGUUAUCUCUUUUCUGCAAAUUGAAAUUUAUGAUUUACUGGAAACGGUUAUUAUAUACUUGAAUGUGAUUCAGUGAAAUAUUGUAUUUUGGCUGAAGUAUUCUUGUCUGACAUAGUGACUUCAUGUCGUAUUUCUGUUCAUUUGUCUGGGUUUUUUUUUGUUCUAUGCAACUGUUGCAUUUAAUUAGCGUGAGUUGUCUGACUCUAUAACAUUCCAUAUGGUCAGUUUGUUUUGUAGUUUCUACAUGUAUUGUCUGUGAGAAAUUGAGACAUGUACCGGUAUAUAACAUCCAUUUGUUUAAUAAGGAUCAAAAUGGCCGACUGGUGACCAUUUUGUUUUUGAACUAUAAUGCUUCAUGCAUUGCCAUAAUUUUGUUUGAUUUGCAUCUGCUAAGGGAAUGCAAUAAGGCUGACUGCUAAUCAAACAGAAACUUGUGGAUUGUCCAUUUGUCCAUGCGCUCUUAUCAUGGACAUGCAUGUGUCUAUCACAUUCAAACUUCAUACACAAUGGGAACUUGUUGAACGUCUUGUUAGUCAUAUCAAAUUCAAAAUGGCUGACUGGCGGCCAUUUUUAGUCUGUCUGGAUGUUUUUAAACUCUCUGGAUGCAUCUGUCCGUUCAUACUUCAGUCCGUUUGUCCUUGUAUCUUAGACAUAAUUGAACCAAUCACAUUCAAACUUUACACACACAUCAUACAUCUUGGGACAUGUACAUGUCUAUUUCUUCCGAAUCCAAGUUGGCAGAAUGGUCGUCAUUUUUGUAUCAAAUAUUCAUCAAAAUCAUUGAUUUCUGUCAUUCCAAAACUGGAUCUCAGUUGUGUAUGGAAUGAUUCCAUUCAAAUCUAGUACAAACAUUCAAAAUGUUGUUACCUUGAAACACAUAAUUUCAUCAAGUGGCUGACUGGCGGCCAUUUUGUUUUCAUGAAUACUGUGGAUCCAUACUUUUCUGACCAUUCAUAUUCAAACUUUAUACGUUUCUUAAAUUUGUUCUGACCUACAUUUGUAUUUCUCUGUAUAAACAGUGCCAUCUCAAACCUUUGCUUUUAAACUUGAUCUAGGUGACCUCACACAAUUUCAAAAUGUCAAACAAUAUAAAGUAUUGAUGUAGAUUCCUGCCAUUUAUUACAAUAAUUGAUUCAUCUGUUUCAAUAUAUUUAUGUAUCUUGUAGAUAUCUUUAUACAUAUAUAACACUAAUAUUGUAUUUUAAUGAAUUAACAAGAAUUGCAUUCUGAGAAUGUUUGUGCAGCUG